AAAAAUAAUAUGCCACUGUAGAUGGCACAUAAUAAAGUUUCUUAAUUUUACAAGCAACCAUAUCAUAUAAUAUUUGUAUGGAAUAAAUUCAAUUAAGGAAUUUUAAAAUAAUUAUGUAGUAUUUUACUGUUUCAGUGUACAUUUAAAAAACAAUUACUCGUCAAAAGAAAAAUAAUAUGCCAUUAUAAAGUUGAUGCAUCAUGGCACAUAAUGUAUCGACAAUAUAGUAAAAUAUUUGUCUGGAUGCUCAGUUCAUAAAAGUUAUAGAUGACGUCAAAUGUAUUUAUUUUUGCCUAAUGUUCUGUCACAUUUCACAUAAACAAGCCAGAAAGUGUUAAUUUUCUAAUCUAAAGCAUCUAGGCUUGCAGUUUCCCCCUCCUCCACCAGAAAGCGCCACUGAGCCCCACACUGUACCAGCAGUCAGCGGAGCUUGAGCUCCUCCGCCGCAGCCGAGCAGUGCAGUCGAGCCGAGAGGAGAGUGCGGAAUGGGCCGCUGUCUCCAACCGCCAAUGAAGACACCCUUGCGGAUAACAUGUCUUCCGGUGUGAUUGUUUUCCAAAUAUAAGAUAGCGGAUUCGUCGGCAUCGUCGCUUACCUAUUUCCCCCCCUGCCACACGCCUCCGAAAGGCUGAAUGGAAGCCGAGGGAGCGGUCGGGUUGUCGGAGGCCGGGGACGGGGACGGGAGUCCUCUGUCCGGGGCCACAGCAUCCGAUGAUGCUGACACGGUGGUUGGCGUUAGCUACGGAAUGGACGCGGCAGACAUGGAUGCUGCAGCAAGGAAAGCCUUUAUCACUGAGAUGCCAUCCUCCUCAGGUCUUCCUGGCCAAGGAAAAAAGAUUGGCCACAGAGGGGUGGAUGCAUCUGGAGAAACCACUUACAAGAAGACAACAUCCUCUGCACUGAAAGGAGCCAUCCAACUGGGCAUCGGCUACACUGUGGGCAACCUGAGCUCCAAGCCUGAGAGAGAUGUUUUGAUGCAGGACUUCUACGUGGUAGAAAGCAUAUUUUUUCCCAGUGAAGGGAGCAACCUCACCCCAGCCCACCACUUCCCGGACUUCCGCUUUAAAACGUAUGCUCCUGUGGCCUUCCGCUACUUCAGAGAGCUGUUUGGCAUCAGGCCAGAUGACUACCUGUACUCCCUGUGUAAUGAGCCACUUAUUGAGCUGUCCAAUCCCGGGGCGAGCGGUUCAGUCUUCUAUCUCACAAAGGACGAUGAGUUCAUCAUCAAGACGGUCAUGCACAAGGAGGCGGAAUUCUUACAGAAGUUGCUGCCGGGCUACUACAUGAACUUGAAUCAGAACCCCCGUACUUUGCUGCCCAAGUUUUUCGGCCUCUACUGCGUCCAGUCUGGCGGCAAGAACAUCCGCGUGGUGGUGAUGAACAACGUCCUGCCUCGCGUUGUGCGCAUGCACCUCAAAUACGACCUGAAAGGUUCCACCUACAAGAGGCGGGCAUCCAAGAAGGAAAGAGAGAAGGCACGGCCCACAUUUAAAGAUCUUGACUUCAUGCAAGACUUGCAGGAUGGAUUAAUGCUGGACCAGGACACGUACAACGCGCUGGUCAAGACCCUGCAAAGAGACUGCCUGGUGCUGGAAAGCUUUAAGAUCAUGGACUACAGCCUCUUGCUGGGAGUUCACAACAUGGACCAGGCAGAGAGGGAAAGGCAGACGGAAGGCUCCCAAGGCGGCAGCGACGAGAAAAGGCCCAUGGCCCAGCAGAAGGCCUUGUACUCUACGGCCAUGGAGUCCAUCCAGGGAGGGGCCGCAUGCGGGGAGUCCAUUGACACUGAAGAUACGAUGGGCGGGAUCCCUGCUGUCAAUGGAAAAGGAGAAAGACUUCUUCUCUACAUUGGCAUCAUUGACAUCUUACAAUCCUACAGAUUAAUCAAGAAAUUGGAACACACAUGGAAAGCUUUGGUGCAUGAUGGGGAUACUGUCUCAGUCCAUCGGCCUGGUUUCUAUGCUGACAGAUUCUUUAAGUUCAUGAGCAGCACCGUUUUCAGGAAGACCUCCUCUCUGAAAUCAUCUCCAUCCAAGAAGGGUCGUGUGUCGCUGACAGUUCCAAAGUGUGGUGGCCCCAGUGCGGCUUGGUCUGUCAGCCAGCUUCCAUCGGAGAGAGACGAGAACAUCUACGACCUGAGAGGCGCUCGCAGCUUCCCAACACUGGAAGAUGAAGGGCGACCCGAUCUGCCAUGUACACCUCCGUCGUUUGAAGAGGCCACCACGGCAUCCAUUGCCACCACCCUGUCCUCCACCACCUCACUGUCUAUCCCUGAAAGAUCUCCCUGCGACACAGUCGAGCACCCCCGCUACAGGAGGCACACCCAGUCUCUCAGCCAUGAUGUAAGGACCCAGGAAGAGCUACGUGUGCGCGAAGAGGACCAGCAGACUAUCACAGUGGAGGUGGAGUUAAAGAGACGUGACAGUGAGCCCACCUUUUCCAUCCCACAAGCUUCAUCUGAACACAGUGAGGCUCAAGAAGACGAAGCUGCUGCAGCACCUGCCGUUACUUCUCCAGUCUUUGAGGCGUCGCCCGCUCCGCCAUGCAAGGCAGCCGUAGACGCUCCAUCCAGUCCCAAAUUGGAAGCAGCGGCGGUGGCGACCGCAGUGGUGGUAGUGGAAGCAGACAGGUCCCGCCACAUGUCAGGCUCAGGGUGCACCAGCCAGGCUUCGGUGGAUGACGACGAAGACGCGCCAGUCACCGACAUCUACUUUCCUCCAGAGGACAGGACCUGGGUGUACUCUCCGCUACACUAUGGCUCAGAGUCUAAGGCCCUGCCAGAUGGAGAUUGGGAAAGAGAGACAUAAACCCUGUUCUGUGACUGAAAGGCGUGAAGAUCUCAGCAGUGAGGGGUUAUCCACCUGAAGUCUAAACCUCCUCAACGGUAGCAGCGGAUUUCUUUUUGUCUCAAGAGGAGAUUUGAAACCCAAACUAAGAGGCAAAGUGACUGGAAUACCAGAAAAGGGUAGGCGAGGAGGGGACGUGAGGAAAAACUGCAGCCCUUGCCAUAUGGUACUUGUGUUUACGUGUGACAUAGUGCAAGUGACGUUGUAUGUGAUAUGUUUGGCGUGACACACCACACUAACCUUUGUUGUCUUGCACAUGAACUCAAUUUAACAAACCCAUCUUUUUCGUCCCUUGUGCAUCUAUGGGGCAGCCAUAUUGGAGUAGUGUGGCUUUCCAGAGUAAUGUAAUAGUAGUGGUGGCUCGGGAGGUUCAGUGGCCGCAGGGAUCCCGGUUCAAAUUCCUUUCACUGCCGUUGUGUCCUGGGCAAGACACUUCACCCACUUCGCCCACACAUGGAAGCUUCAAGAUGCUGAUGUAUGACCCGGAUCUGGUCCACAGGCGCCCACUGCACCUCAAGAAGAUGGGUCGGAUGGAGAGACACCUUUUUCUGUGCAUCGUAUAUGUGAUCAAGUCCAAUUCAUAUCAGUGAUACUAUAUUUGCACACAACCUGUACCUCUCCAAUAUGGCAGCCGCAUGCACGUGCAUACAUUGCCAAAGGGCAUGGGGAAGUCAUGGCCAAUCAAGUCACCUAACAUUUCCAGAACUGGUUGUUAAGGACAUAAAUCUUUAUAUUUCUUUCAUUUCAACUGUUUUGUAGUCAUUUUAAUUUGACAGUUAUUAUAUACAAUUAUACAGUGAACUGAUAUUUAUUUCUUCAAAAUGUUCUGGUACUUUUUUUUUUCCUUACCUUUUUGUAUCUUUUUAUCCAAAGAACCUUGAUUAUUUUUAAAGGCACCUGUGAGGGAUGAAUCAGACUCAUGAAAAAUCCAUAUUUUCUCAAAUCGUGGCCCUAACAAAUAAUAAUAAUAAUAAGCGCAUAUCCUCUAAAAGUUGAGCUUUUUUCAAGUGAAAAAAGGUUGACACACAAUUAUCGGACUUUAAAAAGUUGACUGCUGAAGCUAUGGAACAAUGUUGUUAACCAAAAGAGCAGCACCUACCAAGUCACGUAAACGGUAACUCCGAUAAAGUCUCAAGACAGACUGCGUGUUGUCGUUCCUUGCGCACUUCCGAUUAGUGUUCUAGUAGAUUAAAAGGUGGUCGCUCCACAAUGUGGUGUCCAUAUUCAUUUAUAUUUUGUGACGAAUAUCUAACAUUUGCAAACUUAAGACAAUUUGAGUGAAUAACCCUUUUUUAUUGUAUUAUAAAAAGGCAUUUGUCCAAAUGCCUUACCUCUAAUAGACUCCUAGUAAUCUCUGCAGGUGAGUCACUAAAUGCCACUGGCCACUAUUUGUACAAAAUACUGUAAAAGUGAAGUUGUUUAAAAGUAUUAUCAAAAAAACCUGCCCUGACAAUUACCCAGUCCUCUCUGCAGUUAUGUAAAUAAACCACUAUGGCUACUAUAUGAGAAAAUCCGCUUAUACCUGUCCCAUUAUAGUCUUCCAGCCUGACUCCUUUUUCGGUCAAUCCCCCACACAUCACUAUGGAGUUUUUCCAUCCACUUUUAGUGGAAGGUAAGCUAAUCAAGCUGAUGUUUCUACCAUGCGGUUGCCCUAAACUGCACCAGGUAGAUCUCUCUCUGUAGACGUAGCACAUCAGUCGUAGAAUUUGCAGUCCAAAAUAGUCUUAGAUGUCUACAGUUAGCUGUUCGCUUCAUAGUAUAUGAAUGAACACGGAGAAAACGCAGUAGUUUUGAAAAAGGAUUGUAUGUUGUUCGACUAACCGUAAUGAGUAGGACCUGAAGUUGGCGGCCAAAAAGAACAUGCAUCGUAUGAGACGUGUGUUGGAUAAAUAGUGCACAAAUAAUUAGACAUUUGUUUUUAAGAUGUGUCUCUAGAUUAAGUCAAUCAACAACUAUUUGCAUACUUUAAACCUCUUCAUCAUUUUUUUUUUCUUGACAGUGGAACCUCCCAAGUCAAACAGCAUAAAAGUUGUGAAGUUCUACCAAAAUUGUGUGACGAUAACCAGAGAAGCAGAUGGAAAACGGUGGGUCGUCCUAUAUAUGGGGGUCUAGAGAUGUAUAAACGGAUUACUACUAGUCCUUUAUUUUUGUCGCAAAUGAUAGUUUUCCAAGAAUGAUUCUUGAACAGGGUGCUAAUAUAUCUUCAUUCAGGGUUGUCUUAGGGUCAAUGCAGUUGCAUCCACAAAAUAACAUUACAAAACACACGCUAGUGGAAAUAACUUUUAGCUAAACAGAUAAUGCCAACUAAAACGUUUUACUGGUUAUGGUCUCCAAAAGAUACAUUUUACUAUAUUUUAGUUUUACUAUACAGUCAUAAUUCAAUUAUAUGACAGUUAGGAAUGUUACAAUGUUGCUUUAAACAUUAUCUCCACGGUUAGUGAAAGUGUCAUAGUUGCCACAGUUAGAUCUUGGAACAGAUUAUUUACAUUCUGAAUGUUUUGAGACGAGACCAACUUGUGUGACUUUGGAGGUUCCAGUGUAUUUUCAUCGACUCUCACAAAUGGUGCACUCGGUUCGAAGAGUACGUUUUAUCUGUAACAGAGGCCAGUUUGUUGCUCCUGGUGUGUAAUCAAUCUGCUGUCAUCAGAUGGAGAACAUAGCAAUAUUUCUUUCAUUUUAUUUGAUUUCAAUUGCCUUACUAUGGAAGAAAAUGUAAAUAUAGUACCAUUGUUUAUUCAUAUAUUGUCUUUUUUUCAGCUGUGCAGUCAUAUUUAUUUUUCUUUCUCAUAGUUGUGCUCCCGGAAAUGUGUACAUACAAAUUAUAAAUACAUAUAUAAAGAUAUAAAAAUAUAUAUUUUCCAUCGAAAUUGGAGAAUAUUAUUUUUGUUUGGUUUUAUUUUUGCUGCUCGAUUAGAGAUAAUUUACGGAGUCAUAUUCGCCAGUGUGUUUACUGAGAAGCAGCAUUUAAAGUGUGUGACCACGUCACGGCUGUUUGUUUGUAAAACGAACCAAAAAGAUGUGUUGGUUUUACUGUACAUGCAAACCAGUAGGGAUUCUUCCAAAGUGUUCAAGCUGUGUUGUGUGUGUUUAGUGUGUGUUUUCAAUUUGCCGUGUGCUCCCCUCUUCCAAUUGGAAGAGCCCUUUACAGAGACAUAGCAUGGUUUCAAAAUGAAUAAUGCAGAUCAGAAAUGUGUAUUUAUGUAUAUCUGUGUAUAUUCAUCUAUUUAUACCAGAGGAUAAAUAGAUGACUGUAAGUGUGUGUGCGUGUGUGUGUACAUGUGUAUGUUUGGACUCAAUCAGAAUGAAUAGAAAAUAAAGCAGUUCUAUGAAUUGUCCAACGCA